CAAACAACAAUCUGCACAGUCAAAUACUCGAUUUCAUUAUCAUUUCAUAUAUCGUGACGUUACCCGUUUCCGAUAGACACCUAUUUCCGAUAGGUUCCGAUAUUGCGCGUGUUUUUGUUUACUACAUGACGUCACAGGUAAACAACUUGCAAGCAAGUGCGUUCGACAUCGGCGAUUUUUUGUAGCUCAACAAUUUCGUGAAAAUGCUGCGAAUUAAGCUUAAAUCUCCGACUUCCCGCGGACCCACGCAUGCAAGGCGGCGUUUGUAUUCAUCGACAACUCUAACUAGGGCAUACAUGGCAGUUAAAGAGGAUAAUAUCCCCGUAUAUAGGGCUUCAAAGAUAUAUGGAGUGCCUCUUACCACGUUGCGCGAUCGCGUAGACAGUAGAGUGUCGGUUGAUAGCGUAAAAAAUGGACCCGCACCGCUGCUUAGCCUCAGUGAGGAACAGCUACUGGUCGAGCAUGUGAAAGGUCUAGCGCGUGUCGGGUACGGGUACACUCGGGCAGAAAUAUGCUACAAGGCGUCCGACUUCGCUGUUUACCUUGGAAAACGGGGAAGGGAAGAGAAACCACUCAGUCUCAAAUGGUUCUAUGGCUUCAUGGGCAGGUGGCCAGAACUCAAAGUUGUUAAGCCAUCCGGACUUCCUGAACAACGAGCAAGGUGUGCUUCUAAGGAAGUGAUCCUGAACUACUUUGAAGAACUGAAAACUAUCUUCGACAAGUACGAGUUGCACAACAAACCUCACCUUGUGUACAACAUCGACGAAAAGGGUAUAAAUACCGAAUAUAGACCACCAAAUAUUGUAGCUGGCUUCGAUGCACGUCCUCAAGUGGUGAUGGCCGAACGAUCGAAAACGGUGACAGUGAUCGGCGGAGGAAAUGCUCUUGGUUCCCAGAUACCGCCAUUCUUUGUAUUUCCCGGUCAACGGAUGCUACCGGAGCUUAUGGUCGGAAAGAGUGAAGGGACUGAAGGCAUGAUGACGCAAUCUGGUUGGUCAAACAGCGAAGUGUUUCUUCGCUAUAUGAAGACACACUUCUUGAAAUAUGCCAUGGGACGCAACCAAGAAGAUACCACAUUGGUGUUGUACGAUGGCCACAAGAGUCACAUCUCCAUUGAACUCAUUGAAUGGGCAAAAGAGAACAGAAUAAUACUAUUCGUUCUACCACCUCACUGUUCCCAUAUUUUAAAGCCCAUGGAUGUCGGUUGUUUCGGCCCAUUCCAAAAGAAAUACAACCAGGAAUGUUUAACGUACUCCAGACUGCACCACCAAUGUGUGACCCGGUACGAUGUUUGCAAAUUGGCGUGCAAAGCAUACACUGUAGCUCUGUCGCAUGUCAACUUGCAAGCAUCGUUCAGGAAGACUGGAAUUUAUCCGUUGCAGAAUGCCAUUGAUGCGGUGACUAGUCUUGGCGAUGCCAUAGCACCUUCAGAGCUGUAUGCAGCCACCUGUGAAAAGCUGGCUUCUGGUGCGGAUAACAUUAUCCAACAUGAGCCUGACAUAAACGACGGUGCAAAGUUCUUCAGUGACUUCCCCACUGAAGUUUCGAAGAAAGUGUCCAAACCCCGCCGAAAUAUCCACAAGCUUGUUGGUGGCAAAGCAAUGACGGAAGACAAAACGUUCAACGAUGAGCGUCAAUACAUUGCCGAGUCCGCCAACCGCCCAUCGACCGCUGGCAAGGCAACAACUACAGGCAGUCCAGUAGCAGGACCAUCACGUGCAAUACAGACCAGUGAUGAUGACUCCAUGUCCUUAGAUGAAGAUGUGACGGACGAUGAGACAUGUUGCGUGUGCAAGAAGUACAACUGCACUUCAAAAGAUGGACAGUCUCUUGCAAUUUACACAUGGGCGCAAUGUGAUGUAUGCCAACACUGGACACACCUUAAAUACUGCACACCAGUCAGAGUAGUCCGGAGAAACACCUCUUUCAAAUGUCCAUGUUGUUAA